AGAAAGGCUUAUGAGACGGUUCAGCUGGUAAAGGCACUUGCCAAAAGACCUGACAACCUGAGUUCCACUCCAGAACACACAAAUAAAAUACAAGAAUAAGGGGAAAAAGGCAAAUCAAAAACUAUUUAAUAAUAAAUAUAUUUACUGUAACUCCAGCUCCAGGGAACCUGACACCUCUGGCCUCUGGGCAGCUGCACUCCCAUGCACACACACCCCUAAUAAACAUCAUAAAAGCUUAAACUUUCUUUUAGGCGAUGAGGCCAAGACUCUUUGUAAAACUGCUUGUUGCCCAAGUAUGCAGACCUAGGUUCAAAUCCUCAGUACCCUUCUAAAAUGCCAGGGGUGGGUGCAUGAGCUUAUGAUCCCAGUGCUAGGAGUAGAGACAGGCAGAUCUACCUGGAGCUCCCGGCCAGCCAGCCUAGCCAAAACGGAAAAAAAAUAAGAUGGGGAAGCAAUAACCUGAGCUGGCCUCUGCGUAUGCACACAACCACAAAGGUAUUUUUUAAAAAUACAAUUACUAAAAACAAAAAAAAAAAAACCCUGUUUUUUUACAAUAGAUUUGGGAAAGCUAAUAGGCCCUGACAGCGCCCCUAGAGAGAAGACUCAAACCCGGUGUCAACAUUCCACGGGCCCCGCCCACCUGCCUUAGCCCCGCCCCGGCGGCCGGGCGCCCUGGACAGCGGAUCCGCAGGCAUUUCCUGCACAGCUGCGUUCCCUGCAGCAGAGCCAGGCGCGGAUCCGCGGCUCUGGGACAGGUGACACUGCGCGGGACGACCCGAGUGACCGACAGGCGGGAGGAGGUGGGAAUUCCGCGGGGACGUGACCGUGGGCUGCGGCGGUAGGCGCGGGGGUCGCUUCGACCCGUCCGGGGUCGCCGCGACGCCCAGGAUCCGCUGCAUCGCGCCCUUCCGGCUUCAGAACCGGGGGCGGGGCCGGCGCUGCGCGGCCAGCCAACCUCGUGCCUUCAUGCAAAUGAAGGCUUGGUGACGCCUCGCCUCUUCAGCGCCCCCUUCCGGGGUCCGCGCCAAGGGGCGGAGUCUGGGUUGCGCGGCCAGCCAACCGCGCUCGCGUAUGCAAAUACCCGCAGGCCCCGCCCCCAGGCGCGGUCCGCCGGGUCCUCCCGCCGCCUGCAGGCCCCGGUCCAGGCGCUCAGGCCCCAACGCUACUUGCAGUUCGCGCCCCGCCGUCGGGGGGCGCCCGAGCGCCGCGGCCCCGCGCAUGCCCGCCCAGGAGCGCCCGCAGCCCCGCCCAGCCAGCCCGGAGCCCCGGACGCUGGUGUCUGGAAGCCGGGAGUCCCACGCUCACCCUCCGCAGUGUCACCCGGGGCCCGGGGGGCUCCGCACGAGGCCCCGGAAGAUCGUGUUUGAGGACGAGCUACGUCCCCGGGCCCCAUUGCAUGAAGAAAAGCCUCCCAAAGCUCUGGGACCCCGUCCCAACCCAGUGCCCGACUAUGAGCUUAAGUACCCGCCAGUGAGCAGCAGGAGGGAUCGGAGCCGCUAUGCUGCUGUGUUCGAGGACCAGUACGGAGAGUUCUCGGAGCUCCAGCGCGAGGUGGGGGCCACGCAGGCCAAGCUCCGGCAGCUGGAGGCCCUGCUGAUGUCACUGCCCCCACCGCGAAGCCAGAAGGAGGCUCACGUGGCAGCUCGUGUCUGGAGAGAGUUUGAGAAGAAGCGGGCGGAUCCUGGCUUCCUGGAUAAGCAGGCUCGCUGUCACUACCUGAAGGGUAAACUGAGGCACCUCAAGUCCCAGAUCCGAAAAUUCGAUGACCAAGAGGACAGCGACUGUGAGGACUCCGUGUACUUCUGAGUGUCCUGGAGAUGGUGGUGGCUUCUCAUCCCAUGGGGAACCACACUCCAGUUCUUCCAGGGGAAGCAAGUCCUAUUGAGAAUCCCAGAGAAUAAACAUGGAUUAGACCCCUA